ACAGGCUUUCUCCAUCGUAGUGCCAUUCCUUCCGUGCUCUGCUUCGUUCACCAGAUUUCUAGUGAGAGCCUGCAGCAUGUCUGGAGAAGAGGAAGAAAAUGCUGCUGAACUGAAAAUUGGAGAUGAGUUUUUGAAGGCAAAGUGUUUAAUGAAUUGUGAAGUUUCCUUAAUUCUUGAGCAUAAGUACGAGCAGCUUCAACAGAUGGCUGAUGAUCCAAUGAACCAAGUUUCUCAGGUAUUUGAAAAAUCACUACAGUACGUGAAGCGCUUUAGUCGCUACAAGAAUCCAGAUUCUGUCAGACAAGCUCGAGAAAUCCUCAGUAGAUACCAGUUGGCUGAAUUUGAGCUUUGUGUGCUUGGAAAUCUUUGCCCUGAAACUGUGGAGGAAGCUAUUGCUAUGGUUCCAUCCAUCAAGAGUAGAGGACGAGCUCUGGAUGAUGAGGCGAUUGAGAAAAUGUUGAAUGACCUGUCUUUGAUAAAGAAAUUUGAAUAAGGACCAAUAUGUUCUGCCGCUGGCGCUAUAGGUUAUUUGCAUGGUCCUAAAUCUUUUUCAGGAACUAGUUCAUAACGUCCUCCAGAUUGUUAUGAAAUUUAAUGAAGCAAUGUGUGUGCGCGUGUGAUGGCAUCUUGUUCAAGAUACAAUCUGCAAACAUAUAGCCAUGUUUUAUGAAUGCAGUGUUAUAGGCAGUGAAUUUUAA